CACGGUCAAUGCUUAUCUCAUCCUGCUCGGUAGAUGACGGUAAAGCGCCCCUGAGCUCAACACAACAUCUGCCGUUAACACAACGAAGUAGAAGCGGAUUAUUGUCCUAUGAAAUGAGAGCAUGACAAGCAAACACAGCCAGCCACGAGCACCACCCUUAAACCAGUACACUUCUUUAUUAUUCUGUAUACAAUCUCUGACAUGAUAGAAGCUCUACUGUCUAAAACAAUGACGAUCUAACCUGCUGACAAAUCGCUUGGUUGCGUCAUUUGAUGUCUCAUUGCUUAAUGGAUGCGUCCAUAUCAGUGAUGAGGACUUGCAGUAUGCGGCUGGUUCACUUUCACACUGGUUGAACACUAAAAAAGUGAAUGUGGGACCCUCUGCGGCUCACUCCAAAGCGCCCGUCAUGGGGAACACGGCCACCAAGUUCCGCAAAGCACUUGUCAAUGGAGACGAAGGUUUGGCAUGGCAGCUCUAUGAGAGUAACCCCCAAUUUAAAGAGGCGCUUGACCCCAACGCAUCUUAUGGGGAGCCCUAUCAACACAACACAGCCCUGCACUACGCCUCGCGCCAUGCCAUGACAACCCUCAUCAGGUCUUUCCUUUUCUCCAGAGAUGGCAACCCCAACAAGUGCAACAUUCUGAAUGAAACGGCCCUGCACCUGCUGUGCAUGGGCCCUCAGAUCCUGCUGGGCGAGGGGGCGCUGCAGUCGCGGAUCAACCGUCCUCAGGAGGACGAACAGAAGCGGGCUGAGUGCAUCAAGAUGAUCCUGCUGUGGACCGGAGCCAAGCUGGACCGGGGCGAAUAUGAGAGUGUCAACGUCAACGCCACAGAUAAGAAAAAAUACACCUGCCUGCAUUACGCAGCGGCUGCUGGGAUGAUGAGUUGUGUUGAGCUGCUGCUAAAGAGUGAUGCAGAUUUAUUUGUGGAGAAUGACGAAAGGGAAACGCCAUGUGACUCAGCAGAGAGACGGCAUCACAAGGAGCUGGCACUCCGUCUAGAGUCUCAAAUGGUUUUCUCUCAGGAUGCUGGAGUCCAGGAUGUAGAAGCAGAGUAUGCAACCCUUGACCAUCGAGAGCCUUAUGAAGGACUAAAACUGCAGGAUUUGCGGCGACUGAAAGACAUGUUGAUUGUGGAGACAGCGGAUAUGUUGCAGGCUCCGCUCUUCACGGCUGAGGCGCUGCUACGAGCUCAUGACUGGGACAGAGAGAAACUUCUGGAAGACUGGAUGUCUAAUGCAGAGGAUUGUUGCCAGCGCUCAGGUGUUCAGAUGCCGACUCCACCUCCAAGUGGCUACAACGCCUGGGAUACACUGCCUUCACCUAAAAUUCCCAGAACAACCCGCUCAUCCGUCACGUCCCCUGAUGAGAUCAGCCUUUCUCCUACUGACGACCUUGUCCUGUGUGGGAUUUGCAUGUGCACCAUAUCUGUGUUUGAGGACCCCGUUGACAUGUCGUGUGGGCACGAGUUCUGCAGGGCAUGCUGGGAAGGGUUUUUGAAUCUAAAGAUCCAAGAUGGAGAAGCACAUAACAUCUUCUGCCCUGCUUAUGAAUGCUUCCAGCUGGUUCCCGUGGAGGUCAUUGAAAGCGUGGUCUCCAAAGAGAUGGAUAAACGCUAUCUGCAGUUUGACAUUAAGGCUUUUGUGGAUAAUAAUCCUGCCAUUCGCUGGUGCCCUGUGGCUAGAUGUGAAAGAGCCGUACGAUUGACUCGUCCCGGUCCUGGAGCUUCUGACUCGCUGAGCUUCUCCUUGCUCAAAGCCCCUGCUGUCGACUGUGGGAAAGGCCAUCUCUUCUGCUGGGAGUGUCUUGGUGAUGCUCAUGAACCCUCUGACUGUGACACGUGGAAGAUGUGGCUGCAGAAGGUGUCUGAAAUGAGGCCAGAAGAAUUGGCUGGUGUGGGUGAAGCCUAUGAAGAUGCUGCCAACUGCUUGUGGUUACUCACCAACUCUAAGCCUUGUGCCAACUGCAAGUCCCCAAUCCAGAAAAACGAAGGCUGUAAUCACAUGCAGUGUGCAAAGUGCAAGUAUGAUUUCUGCUGGAUUUGUUUGGAGGAAUGGAAGAAACACAGCUCCUCUACUGGAGGAUAUUAUCGUUGCACACGCUACGAAGUCAUCCAGCAGGUGGAGGAACAGACGAAGGAAAUGACUGUGGAGACAGAGAAAAAGCACAAGAGUUUUCAGGAACUCGACCGUUUCAUGCAUUACUACACAAGAUACAAGAACCACGAACACAGUUAUCAGUUAGAAGAACGGCUCCUUAAAACAGCAAAGGAGAAGAUGGAACAACUGAGCAAAGCCUUUAUAAGGGAAGGAGCCCCACCUGACACAACCUUUAUUGAGGAUGGUGUUCACGAACUUCUGAAAACCCGACGCAUCCUUAAGUGCUCUUAUCCAUACAGCUUCUUCUUGGAGCCCAAAAGUACAAAAAAAGAAAUCUUUGAACUUAUGCAGGCAAGACGUUUUACAAAAACACGACCUGAUUUGGAGAUGGUCACUGAGGACCUUGCUCAGAAGGUGAACAGGCCGUACCUCCGCACUCCUCGCCAUAAGAUUAUCAGCGCUACGUAUUUGGUGCAGCAGAAGAGACGAGAGUUCUUGGCUUCUGUGGCUAGAGGUGUUGCUCCAAAUGAUUCUCCUGAAGCUCCACGCCGAAGUUUUGCUGGUGGGAGUUGGGACUGGGAGUAUCUGGGAUUUGCCUCACCCGAGGAGUACUCGGAGUUCCAGUACAGACGGAGACACAGACCGCGGCGUAGAGGAGAUCUGCUCAGACUGCACAGCCUCCACAGCAACACCCCCGAAUCCCAUCAACCCAAUGAUCCUUUAGAAAUGCACAACGGAGGCAGUUCACAAAGGCAUGGAAUCUCCACGGCACUUGAGUCUUUCGAUGAGGAUGACCCCAAUAUUCUGUUGGCUAUUCAGCUGUCCCUGCAUGAGUCCGGGCUGGCCUUGGACUCUGCACAUCAGGACAUCCCCGGUAACGGCGCCUCUGUUGGUGCCAUCGGUUCUUCUCUGCCCUCCAGACUUGAUGCCCCACAUAGUUUGGAUCCUCCCCGAGCUUCCAUGAGCAGUUCAGAGCUCCUAGAACUGGGAGACAGCCUUAUGAGACUGGGCAACAUUUCCAGCCAUUUUACACCCUUUAACACGAAUUCCUACCCCAAUGCCUUGGGUAACGCCUUCAACCCCAAUGACCCAGACUGCCUGGAUCCUUCUACCGAUGCCAACCUGCUUGGCAACAUCAUGGCCUGGUUUCAUGAUAUGAACCCGCAGAGCAUCGCUCUGAUUCCUUCAGCCACCUCAAAUCCUGAGCCGCCCGGUUCUGGAGAGGGAUGCGAACAACCUUCCAAACCACAGGAGGAGGAGGAGGAGGUUGACUUGAGGAUGUCUGAGCAUUGUUCCCCACCUCUGACAAAGAAGAGCGCUUUGUUGACAGCACAGCUUUUAGAACUAGAAUGUGUGGAUGAUCCACAACCUCCUAAAGUAGAGCCAGACCCUGAGGAUUUAGAAAGCAGAGUAGAUCUCAAUAACGCAAAUCCUGAUCCCCAGGAAAGCGAGCUCUCCUCAGAGUGUGAGGAACAAGUGCACCUUGUGUGAGAAAUGAAUCCAAUGAUGUUUAACAACUGAGUGCUCUAAUUGUGCCAAAACACUAAAUGAAAGCAAAACUGCUUCUGGAAAAGUAAAGAACGAACAUCUUGCGAUGGGGUUCGUCUCUGUAGCACGCUCCACCAUCGCAUUUGGGGGAAGAAUAAAGAAAAUGUUUUUUAUUAUGAAAGUAAAUAUGAUGACGGUGUGAGAAAGUAAAUGUUUGGAAAGUAUUACGUCAGGCCAAGGUCACUUUAGACAUCCUUCAAAAUCUUGCUUUUUGUGAUCUAAUGGAAAUUCAUAAAUCUUUUAAAGUUUGACGUUUUAUAGAGUGAAGAGAUGAAUUUAUGAAAUGAGUAUUAAAAACACUUACAGAAGCGAAUAUGUGAUUGGUGAGUUGAAUGAGAAUACAUCAGUCAUGUUCUGGGCUCUUACAUUUACUGUGAUACAGUGUGUGAAGUCACGCCACCAUUUUCUUAGCAGUGUGUUUUAUAUUUUGUCUUUAGAUCUCAUGUUUAGCAGUGCCAAUUUGUGGAUCUUUUUGAAGGCACUCAUUUUGUUAAUCAUGCCAUAUUUAAGUUAAUUGAUGCAAAUUGCACAACACGUUUCACUUGAGGAGUGUUUCGGAAGAUCUGAAUCCUAUACUCUUAAAAACGAAAGUGCUUCAAAAGGUUCUUCGAUGCUACAGAAGAUCCUUUUUUUGUCUAAAUGGUUACAUAAAGAACCAUUAACAUCCGAAGAACCUUUCUUUGUUGUGAAAAACGAUUCUUUAGAUUAUGAAAAGACGAGAAAGAAAUGGUUCUUUAAAAAAAACGAAAUGUUUCUUCAAUGGCAUCGAUGUGACGAACCUUUUAAACACCUAAUUUUAAGAGUGAACUGUACUGCAGUACAACACUUUUUACAAUUGACUUUUUUUUUUUUACAUUACUUGAUGUGAAUUUACACUCCUGGAAAUGUGAUAGCAUUUAUGACCUUAUCUAUUGUGACUACUACAAACAAUACCUCUGAUAACCUGUGCUGUAUCAUGGGGCUUCUGAAUAAUGUAUAGAUAAUAUGCAUAAAGGCACUCCAAGGGUCUUCUAAUGAAACACAGAGAUGUAACAGUGGUAAUGUUUAUGAUUUACUAUGUGCACCAAAAGUUAUUCUUUUUAUAUUACCUUUGACAAUAAAGUACUCCUACACCAUUUAGCAUUUCUCACGGA